AUGGCCAUUGAGCAACAUAUUGUUCAACCAUUUUCCAAGCCAUUUACUACCCGUCUGAUGCGUAAUCUUGUCUUUCAUGCCAUCUCCUUUGUCAUCGGUUUGUCACUUGGUAUUAUAAUUAGUUUAAAUCUUAAAAGCCUCCCACUAAUUUUUCAAGCCUCCUUGGUCUCUACUUCUCCAUCAAUACCACCAGGCUCUACUUCUCCACCAAUUCCACAACCAACAACACCACCAUUAUCGCCACCGCCGCCAUCACCGCUGCCACCUCUCUUGUUGAAUUCGUCAUCGGAGCAAGUCCUAUCUUUUUCAACAAAUGUAACAUCCAACUCUAGCAGUGUUUCCUUGGAAGAACAAAGAUCUCUGAUGCACAAUAUGACUGAAAAGGAGUUGUUAUGGAGAGCAUCUAUGGCUCCAAGAAUUGAAGAAUCCUCUCAUGAUCAGCAUGCCCCAAAGGUAGCUUUCAUGUUCUUGACAGCAGGGCCACUUCCCUUGGCUCCAUUGUGGGAGAAGUUUUUUAAGGGGAAUGAAGGCCUUUAUUCCAUCUACGUACACUCACAUCCUGACUACAAUGAAACAGUUCCUGAAACUUCAGUCUUCUAUGGUAGAAGAAUCCCCAGCAAGCCAGUCUACUGGGGAACUGCAACAAUGAUAGAUGCGGAGAGGCGUCUCCUGGCAAAUGCACUUCUUGACAUCUCCAAUCAAAGAUUUGUUCUUCUCUCGGACUCAUGCAUCCCACUGUUUAACUUCAACAAAAUCUACGAGUACCUCAUCAACUCCAAUUUAAGCUUCUUAAGCGUAUUUGAUGACCCCAGGAAAGCUGGGCGCGGGCGAUAUAAUCCCCAGAUGUGGCCUGCGAUUAACAUCACCGACUGGCGAAAAGGGUCUCAAUGGUUUGAAGUUCACCGUGACAUUGCCCUGCACAUUGUUUCCGAUAAAAAGUACUAUUCAAUUUUCCAACAGUACUGUCAGCCACCAUGCUAUAAUGAUGAACAUUACAUUCCUACAUUGGUGAACAUGUUCUACGGGGAAUUAAACUCGAAUCGGAGCACUACUUGGGUAGAUUGGUCGAGAGGAGGUCCACAUCCCAGGAAGUUCGGAUGGCCCGAUAUCUCAGAUGAGUUUUUGAAUCAAAUUCGACACGGAUCGGAAUGCAUUUACAAUGGCAACACAACUUCAAUGUGCUUUCUAUUUGCUAGAAAGUUUUCACCAGGCACCUUGGAGCCCUUGCUACGGAUUGCUCCCCUGGUGCUUGAUUUUGACCCUUAA